AUGCCCCGCCAAAGGCAACCCGCUCGGUUCUCGAGCGAAGCUCCCUCCGAAUCCUCGACCUCGUCGACGUCUCCGGAUCGCACUGCAGACGAGGAUACCGACUUCUUCACAGCCCAGGCGAAUGACUCGCAAUCGUCGGUCGGCGUCGCGACCCGUGAUGCCCAUCCCCACCAUGACGCCGACUUGUACCUGCCGCCGAUCGGGCGUCUACCCCCGGAGAUUCUCAUCGCCAUCUUCGCGAAACUGUCUUCGCCCUCCGACAUGUUGAGCUGCAUGCGCAGCAUCACGGCUUCGGUGGGCAAAUCGGACAGCUUCUUUCCCUACUCGCAGCUGAUCCGGAGACUCAACCUCUCCGCGCUGACGGACGAUGUCAGUGAUGGUACUGUGGUGCCCUUUGCCCAGUGCAACCGCAUCGAACGUCUCACGUUGACCAACUGCUCGAAACUUACGGACAAGGGUGUGUCGGACUUGGUGGAAGGCAAUCGGCAUCUGCAGGCUUUGGAUGUCUCUGAUCUGAAACACCUUACGGAUCAUACUUUGUAUACGAUAGCUCGGAACUGUGCGCGGCUGCAGGGCCUCAAUAUCACGGGAUGCGUGAAUGUAACGGACGACUCGUUGAUCACGGUGUCUCGGAAUUGUCGACAAAUCAAAAGGUUAAAACUGAACGGAGUGACGCAGGUUACUGACAAGGCCAUCUUGUCGUUCGCCCAAAGUUGCCCGGCCAUCCUGGAGAUUGACUUGCACGACUGUAAGCUCGUCACCAACCCGUCGGUGACAUCGCUCAUGACGACGCUCCAAAACCUGCGCGAGCUACGACUAGCCCACUGUACAGAGAUCGACGACACGGCUUUCCUGGAGCUCCCCCGGCAUCUGUCGAUGGACAGUCUCCGCAUUCUUGACCUGACGUCAUGCGAGAGCGUCCGGGACGAUGCCGUUGAGCGCAUUGUGGCUGCAGCCCCGCGACUACGGAAUCUGGUGCUGGCCAAGUGUCGGUUCAUCACCGAUCGUGCGGUCUGGGCCAUUUGCCGGCUCGGCAAGAAUCUACACUACGUCCAUUUGGGCCACUGCUCCAAUAUCACUGAUGCCGCGGUGAUUCAGCUGGUCAAGUCUUGCAACCGCAUCCGGUAUAUCGAUCUGGCCUGCUGCAUUCGUUUGACGGACACGAGCGUGCAGCAGCUGGCCACAUUGCCCAAGCUGCGGCGAAUUGGCUUGGUCAAGUGCCAGAAUAUUACGGACAAUAGCAUUCAGGCCUUGGCAGGAUCCAAGGCGGCCCACCAUUCAGGGGGCGUCAGUAGCUUGGAGCGGGUGCAUCUGAGUUACUGCGUUCGCCUAACGAUUGAUGGAAUUCAUGCUUUACUUAAUAGCUGUCCGCGAUUGACACACCUGAGUCUGACGGGCGUUCAGGCUUUCCUGCGGGAGGAGCUGACGGUCUUCUGUCGCGAAGCACCUUCGGAGUUCACGCAUCAACAACGAGAGGUAUUCUGCGUGUUCAGCGGCGAAGGCGUCAACCGCCUGCGCGACUUCCUGAACCGCAUCAUUGCGCCUCCCCCGCCGCCGCGAGACAUGACCGAGGCCACGAUGUAUGACGAUGAUGAAGAGCUAGAGGACGAGGAAAACCAAGUGACAGGCUUGAUGCAUGCGACCGCCGCGACGGCCAUUCACGACGACGACUACAUUGACAUUGGACAUACCCAUGAUAGAGUAUCUAUUGUUAUCUGCAAAGGAUGGCAGAGCGACCAUUUAGUGGUACAACGUCACUUUCCCCACCGCCUUUCCGCCCACUUGAUCAUCAAUCAAUCGGCCUGCAAUCCUCCGAUGGCUCCUCUCAGGCUAUCGCGAGCCAAUCCACUGGCCUUCACUCCCUGGCCCGUCACCCUGAUCACCACCGUCGUCUAUCUCGCCUUCCUCAUCCCACUGCUUAUCGUGCAUCAUGUCGUCCCCUCGCCUCCAACUGCCAACCCCAACGGUCUCGACCUCACCCAAGCCUGGGCCGAUCUCCAAGUCCUAACCGACGGCUUCCACCCGUACAAUUCCCGUCGCAACGACGAAGUCCACACCUGGCUCCUGCAACGCAUCCACGAGAUCCUCGACGCCGCACCUUCGGCCGACCAGUACCUCUCCGUCGAUGAGGAGAAGCCGAAGCCCGCCGUCUUCGUCUUUGACGAUACGCAAUCCAACCUCUCCUUCGUGGGCAACUCCCUGUCCAGCUCCAACACCGCCGUUUACUUCGAGGGCACCAACAUCCUCGUCUACAUCCGCGGAACGGACGAUGAUCCCGAGAACUGGUGGGAGGAACCCAACGGUGUGCCCUCCGGCAAGGGCGGCGUGCUGGUCAACGCCCACUACGAUAGCGUUUCAACGGGAUACGGCGCCACCGAUGAUGGUGUCGGUGUCGUGACUUGCUUGCAGCUGAUUCAAUACUUCAUGACACCGGGCCAUGCGCCGCGGAGGGGCCUGGAGGAUUAUCUAAAUGGCGCGCGCUUCCCCCAUACGUUCCUCAAUCUGGAGGGUGCGGGGGCUGGUGGUCGUGCUAUCCUCUUUCGCAGCUCGGAUACCGAGUAUCCGUUUGGGUCGGUGUUGGCGGCGGAUGGUCAGACGGAUUAUGUGGUGUUUGAGGGGGACUUGGGCCUGCGGGGAUUGGAUGUUGCGUUUAUGGAACCGAGAGCUAGGUAUCAUACGGAGCAGGAUGAUUCGAGACAUACGAGUAAGAGCUCGCUCUGGCACAUGUUGUCUGCGGCGGUUGCGACUACGGAGGGAUUGUUUGAUGGCGCGCCCAGGGAUGAUGCAAAGGCUGUGUGGUUUGAUCUGUUUGGGACGACUUUCGUUUUGUUCGAGCUGCAUACGCUGUUUGCGCUCUCGGUGACGCUGCUCGUGGUUGCGCCGCUGGCUCUGCUGGUGACGGGCAUUGCGCUGACCCGCGCGGACAAGAUGUAUUUGUUUAGAACGACUGCAAAGACGGAUGAUGGCCUGGACUCGACUUCUCUGCGGGGUCUACGCGGUUUCUUCCGGUUUCCGUUCCUCUUUGCGAUCCCUACGGCUGUCACUGUUGGUCUGGCGUACCUGGUGACCAAGGUUAACCCGCUGAUUAUCCACAGCAGCGAGUAUUCCGUCUGGAGUAUGAUGCUGUCUGCCUGGAUCUUUUUGGCUUGGUUUGUCUCGCGGGUGGCUAACACUGCUCGUCCCUCUGCGCUGCACCGCAUCUACACCCUGACCUGGAUGUUCGUGCUGGCCUGGGUACUCCUCGUCAUCUCCACGGUCUACCAGAACCAACGCGGCCUGGCCGGCGGCUACUCCGUCUUCUUCUUCUUCUGCGGCACCUUCCUCGCCACUUGGAUCUCCUAUCUGGAGCUCUUCUCCCUGCCGCGCAAGUCCGAGUUCGCGAACCAAAACCGGCCGAUGUCCCGCCGGGCCAGCAGCUACGGCGGCAGUCGGCUAGGCACAGCAUCAGGCGAAGACCACGAGGAGGACGACCACGACGCCGAAGAAGAGGAAGAGGAGGAACAUGAGCCCACCGAAUCGACCUCCCUACUCGGAGGCGGCCAGCGCACCACCUUCGCCAACUACGUCCGCGUUUCCGGCGACCACCGCGGCUCUGACACCGACGAGCACCACCACUACCCAGGCGUCUACGAGAACGAGCAACGCUGGAGCGGCUCGCUCCCAGCCUGGAUCUGGACCCUACAAUUCCUCCUCAUCGCGCCGCUAGUCCUCAUCAUGGUCGGACCCCUCGCUCUCCUCCUGACCAGCGCCCUCCACCAGACCGGCCAAGACGGCAGCUCCUCCCUAUUCAUCUACGUCGCCAUCGCAGCCCUAACCACAUACCUCCUCACGCCCCUCCUCCCCUUCAUCCACCGCCACACCUACCACCUCCCCGUCUUCCUUCUCCUCGUCUUCCUCGGCACUUUGAUCUACAACCUCGUCGCCUUCCCCUUCUCCCCGACCAACCGCCUCAAACUCUUCUUCAUCCAAGACAUCGACCUCACCACCGGCUCCACCACCGCCUCCCUCGCCGGCGUCCAACCCUACGUCCACGCCGCCGCUUCCACCCUCCCCAGCACGACUAACCAAAACAUCAAUUGCACUGAACACACCACCCGCGGCACCAAAUGCGCCUGGCCGGGUCUCGCCCCGCGCGUUGUCCCAGACACACCAUACUCCGACUGGCUCGACUUUACCAUCUCCCAGCAACACAACACCACCACCACUGAAACCAAAGACAACGACAAUGACGAAGAUACCCACCCAAAGCAAGCCCGCAUCACCUUAUCAGGCCGCAACACCCGCGCCUGCAAACUCCUCUUCGACUCGCCCAUCUCCUCCUUCUCCGUCCUCGGCUCCGCCACGGAUCCCCGCUUCCCAACGACUUCUCCGCACGGCACGAAGGAGAUCCGUCUAUGGAGUAGAGAGUGGGAGAAUGAAUGGGUCGUGGAUGUUGCGUGGUCGAGUAGCAGCAAUACUACUUCUACUUCUACUACUGAUGAUGAUGGAGAAAUCAAAUUAACCGGCAAAGCAGUCUGUCUCUGGAGCGACAACAACUCAAAGGGCGUCAUCCCCGCGUUGGAUGAAGUCAGACAGUUUGCGCCCAAUUGGGUGGCGGUUAGUAAGGCUGCGGAUGGGUUGGUGGAGGGGUGGAAGGCAUUUAGCAUUUGAUGUAUUCAUUUUUUUUUUCUUAGUUUGGAAGUUAGGUGGUGAAUACUUACCCUCUCUCUUUCUUUGUUGUUGUGUGUGGUCUUGUGUUUGUUUGUUUACUUGUUUUUGUUGCUGUUUGCCUAGCUGGCUAGCUUACUUACUUUUGUUUUGUUUUUUCUAUUGUUUCAUCGUUCUAUUGAGUGAUUGACUGAUUGUGUUGAUUGAUUAUGAGGCGAUAAAUUCCAUGCGUUGCGUUGCAAUGAGAUAAGAGUAUAUCUCAUUCAUUCACCAUCAUCACUAUAUCUCCCUUUCUACACUUCUACACUCGGCACUACGUUACUACUACAUCUCAUCAUCACUACAUGUUUGAAAAAACCCAGUAUGGCAUUGUAGCAAUAC